CAACAUCGUUUUCCUUUUUAUCCAUCGGCACCCGCAGGGCCUCCUCCACUCUGCGGGUUCCUUGUUCUUGUUCUCUUUCCUUCUUCUACUUUAUUUUCCUUUUCACUUUCCCCUCUCCCCGGAUUUGCUCUCCCCCUCAUAGAUGCCGUCCUCUUCCCGGGAAGGGCCUCGUUCACCAUGUCACUUCUCGCAAACGGUGGCAGAAUUGUGCCCAUACUUGCGGCCCACGAACAACACCACCCCGACUCCACCCUCAACACAGAUAUACUAGCACAGUAUUCUCUUCCCCAGACCACUGACCAGGUUUCGCUGCUGGACCAGCGACAAGAUGCUUCACCCAUCCGACAAGAUACCUCGCCCACCCGACACAAGAAAUCAGUCGACCUGGAAAGCUUGGAAAUGCCCUGCUUAAGAGAACACGGUUUAUUUGCUUUACCUACAGAAGGUGACGAACAAUGGGUUUCUGACGCGUCAAAUGCAGGAAAUUGUCUCUACUACUCCCUCUCCGACCAAUUAUACGGGAGCUUCGACCACGGUGACGAGAUCCGCCAGCUACUAGCCAACCAUAUGACAACACACAAGAGAUACUUCAUGCAAUUUGUGGUGGCUGAGGGUGGUGAACGCCGUCGUCCCAAACGAGCCGCCGUGUCCGCCUACGCUACGCGUUCCGCCGAUGUUGCAGCUCCUUCGGACGAGGACAAAGAGCGUCGAUUCGAAGAAAUGAUAGCUACCACUCGGAAAAAUGGAGAAUGGGGCAGCUCUGAGAGUCUUCAGGCUUUCUGCCAAGUUUACCAAGUGGACAUCAAUGUUUACACGAUGGAUGGUGUGCAAGCAUUCCGGGACGUGAAUGCUUCGCCCGAUGAACAUCGUGGUGUUAUUAAUGUUGCAUUCCACGAUUUCAAACACUAUUCUUCAGUGCGGCCUAUAGACAGACCCCACAAGGGCCUCUUUGAGGUCUCCGCAGGCUACCAGUCACCCGAUUUACCCACCCACCCUCAAUAUACCCACGUCGACGAUUGUAAAGAGAAGGUCUCGUCCGACUUCAAAGCGUCAGCUCUUGACAAAGACAAUAUUAUUCCCCAAGACUCCCACCUCGCGUCCACUGACUCUACAGACGACCCCGGCUUAGCCGUUGACGUCUACCCUCCUUGGGAUAUACAAUCCAUCCAAGAUGGACUUGGCGGGCGAUAUGAUCGUGACACCAUUGUAGAUAUGCUUCAAAAGUGCCGCGAAAAACAGGCUGCACCAGCCCAGAGUUUCAACUCGAGUGUCCAGAUGUCACGAGAAUCGUCCCCCUUCAGCACAGGCAGCAAAAGAUCUGCUGAAGACAGCGGCGAUGACUCAGAAGAGCCACGUCCAGCCAUUCGCCGAGGUCGACCCAAGAAACGCAUGGUCUCAAAAUUGACCUUGGGCGUUGGCAUAUCUUUUCGAGACGACCAAAACGAGGUCGUCUCUCUGAAUCUUCGAAUGAAAUCAGACGCCGAGAAACUAAAGGAGUCAGACUCCACACCAGAUGACAGCGCCUCAGAAACAUCUGAAACUGCCAUGGGCAGAGGCCCUCGUCGGAGUGGCCGUCUUUCAAAAUCUCGACCCACGUAG